AUUAUAAAAUGCUGUCUGAUGUUGGAUCGGGUUUGACUUUGCCUAAAAUUUCCAUCUUAAUUUUAUUCACAGGUGCUAUUUAUUUGGACUCGAAUGUGAAUACUGUCCAGAAAGUAUUUUGUAAGCUUGCCUUUGACGAAAUCGUGAGUACUGUUUGUAUUUUUUUUAAAUUCAACAUUUCUUGUAAAUUAAACAUUACUUUUAUCUUUGAACAAGUGCAUUAUACAAACUAGUAUUUUUCGGAGAAUUUCGAUUCUAAAGCUCAGUCUUUUUUCCAGGAACUCCGUAAGUUGUGGUGUACACUACCUCGCCAUCCGCUGCAGGUCAGUACCAAUGUUUCAUAAGGCCAAUUUAAACUACCACAACUUUUGUCUAAAACUGUCACAUGCAACCUGCUUACAACUUGAGUUGUACUGUGUAAAUCAAGCACACAACUCACCUACAACAACGUAGGCUAUUUGUUAUUUUACUCUGUCUAACUCCUGACAAUAUUACUCUGUUUAAACCCAGACGAUUUUACUCGUCAAGGGGAGAAGUGCAAUUCAAUGGGUUAAUAUAUAAAUGACCACUAAAUACAGGGAAUCGGUUAGACAAGUGAUUGCGUCUCACAAUUCUUAUCUGAAUUUUAGGAGCAGCAACCUGAAGGGGAUCGUUCAUUCAUAUCUUCCUCUGAUGUGCUCAAGGUAAAGUUCAAUACGCAGUGUUGGGAAAAAAAACACUGAAAAAAAUAGUGAAAUCCACACUAUGGAAUAUGCAAUUGCAUCACGAAAUCCAAAGUAUACCCAUACUAUUUCAUGCAUACUAUAUCCAUAGUUUUGGAAAUGGCAAUUAGUGUGAAAAUUAGAUUUCCCUACUAUUUCCAACGCAGAUCCAUGCUAUUUCCAUAUUAUAAGGAAAUUGAAACCGUGUUUAGUGCAUGUGCCUCUGUGACCAGAAUUUAAUGUUUCCAAUUCAAUUUCCAAUUCUCUUUCAAUUUCAAAUUCAGUUUCAAACAUUUAAUAUUAAUUUUUUUGUGUUUCUAUCUUGAUUAUCACAGGGACUUGUAAAACUCGAAGAAGCCAUUGGCGUCCAGUUCAAGCACAUUCGGCUCUUGGCCAGAGCUUUUACACAUCCACAAGUUGGAUAUAAUAAUUUGACCCUGUAAGUAUUUGAGAUUGCCCAGAUUGCCUAAAAAUGUAUUUGCCAUUUGUUACAUCGUUCUAUAGUCUUUAACAUUUAAAACACUAUCGCACUAUUAAGAUGGAGGCAUUUACAAUUGCGUUUCUGAGAUCAUACUGUACCUUUGGAACUUCUAUUUGUUAGAAUUUUCUUUUUAUCUAAAUUUUUACAAUUAUCUUUUUUUCUUUCUUGGGGAAAUAUUUUCUGGGAAGUCAAAAAAUUUUAGUUUAACGACACGCGCGAGUUUAACAUCACAACCAGCAAAUGUGUAUAAUUAUUUGUUUCAGAGGCAAUAACCAACGUAUGGAGUUGCUUGGAGAUUCCCUAGUUCAGUGGGUUGUCACGGAUUAUCUGUAUCGACAUUUUCCUGAGCAUCAUGAAGGACAUUUAACGUUGUUAAGAAGUUCGCUGGUCAAUCGUGCCAUCCAGGCUCAAAUUGCUGGUGAAAUAGGUCUAGAUCAACAUGUCCACUUUGGUGUUGGACCGGUAUGUAAUUAGCUAAACUGAGCUAAAUUUAUCUACAGGGUGUCCCCCCAAAAAAGUGACACUAUAGAAAUUAUCCUAUUGUUGUUAAGCACAGGAUUUCGUGCGCCUGGUAAUUAAAAGUUCAAUUCACUUGCAGGCCUGCAAAUAAUUAUUUUGCUUGGAAGGAAUGCUUCAAAUUAUAACAAUAGGAUAAUUUCUAUAGUGUCACAUUUUUUUGGGACACCCUGUAUAUACUGUAUAACCUUCAUGCCUUGUGCAUAACCUACGUAUCACUGUGUCAACAAUAGCCUGCGUGGCAGGCGGUUUUUCUACGGGCAGCGAAAAUUAGGGAGGCAAAGGAAUAAUUUUCGCUGCCCGUAGAAAAACCGCCUGCCACGCAGGCUAUGUCAACAACUCCCCUAAUGAUUCAUUUCAAUAAUCUAGGGUGUGCCAAAGUUACGACAAAAACACAUGUCUGACUUGUUUGAAGGUACGUUAAGUACAGUAACACAGAGCUAAGCAAGCGACAUUUUUGAUAACACCUACGAGACUACGCCAACCGGAAGUCAAUCUAACCGUUAUAGAUGGCGUGAUGGCGACAGCAGUUUUUGAUGGCGACAGCAGUUUUUGAUGGCGACAGCAGGUUUUGAUGGCGACAGCAGGUUUUGAUGGCGACAGCAGGUUUUGAUGGCGACAGCAGUUUUUGAUGGCGACAGCAGUUUUUGAUGGCGACAGCAGGUUUUGAUGGCGACAGCAGUUUUUGAUGGCGACAGCAGUUUUUGAUGGCGACAGCAGGUUUUGAUGGCGACAGCAGGUUUUGAUGGCGACAGCAGGUUUUGAUGGCGACAGCAGGUUUUGAUGGCGACAGCAGGUUUUGAUGGCGACAACAGUUCUUGAAAUCACGAACGUGAAACUUCCCACUGACUGCCAUUCUUGAUUUCAGCAAGAAUUGCUGACGCCAUCACUCGCCAAGUAUAACGUCUCGAUUGACUUCUAGUUUGGCGUCCGUGUUGUGAGAAACGUCGCUUGCUUAAGCUUUCUAAUCAGACUAUGUGCACACGGUAACGUUUUCGAGCGUUUUCAGCUGUAACGUUUUCAAAAAGUGUCGUUUUCAAGCCGUGUCCACACGAAAACGGAUGAAAACGUCAUCUUAUGACGAAAACGUUCUCAAUGCUAAAAACGUUUUCGGACAAGCGUUUUCACGUUGAAACGCUAAAAAUCCCAGAUGGCGGCUUAAAAUCAAAAUGUUAUAUUUUUGUUUCCUGGAAGCUUAAGAUCUUUCAUUGGAUCAUUAAUUCUUAAGUUAAAAACUUUAGCAACAAAUAAAACAAAAUAUAUAGCCUUUCAAAUGUAUAAUGAUUUAUGAACGAUUUAAAAUGCGGUUUGCUUUCGAAGAAGCGACAGACUUCGUAUCGGUGAUGCUAAACAGUACAUAUAAAACUGUUUACUUUAUGAUAAUGAGCAGAGGACAUUUUAAGAAACUCGUUGACAAGUAAUGACUUUAUCUGGUGGAAAAUGAAUGGCAAUAACAAGCCGCUAGAGAUGGAAUUUUUAUCGAGACAAACAUUUGCAUCUCGUGAAAACGUUUCCGUGUGGACAGAGCGACAAACUGACAAAAUUGGAAACGACGUUUUAGAAACGCUCGGAAACGUUACCGUGUGCACAUAGUCUCAGUCUGUCAGUUCACAUGUCUAGUUACCACCGAAGCAAAAGUAACCAAGUAUACUUAAAUGUGCGAACCUACAUAAACAUAGGUUAACUGAUUAGGUCAAUCAAAACCAAAUGGUUUUAAUGUAAAAGUGAAGUGAUUAAUUUUGUGUAUUUGUAGCAUUUCUGGCCGCGUUGUUCGUCGAUAAGGGAAUCGAACCAGUUGAAGUUUUCUGUAAAGUUUGUCUCUUUCCAAGGCUUCGGGUAAUUUUUAAAUUUCUUUUGGGGGCGAGGGGUGGAGGGGGAGGGGGGGGGUAGUAGCACAGUUGUCAGAACAAGUAGCUCACACCGCUGAGACUCUGGGCUUGACUCUUGCUCUCUGUAUUGAAGACAUUUUGGGCAAGCAGUCUAUAGCCAUAUAUAUAGCAAAUUGAGGGACCAAAUUUAUUUCGCUACCAGUGAAUAAGAUCUUGUCACCAUAUUUAAUAUCAGGUCGCCCUAAAUCAAUAUGUUAUGAAGUAUUCUCUUUGUGUGUAUAGGUAAUAAAAGCAGUUGUUUAACAUGUUGGCAAAUUAUAUGCAAAGCAGGAUGAAAUGCUUGACCAUAGAGAUAUUUUAAGGCUUUAGAAUUACUUGAUGAUUUGUUUCUGCUUUAGAACGUGAUUGUUAAUCAGGAGUGGAUGGAUGCCAAGUCUCAACUCCAAAGUUGUUGUUUGACACAAUCAACACAUUCUGACAAUGUUCCUGUCUACAAGUAAGAUAAAUGUAUAGAAAUAAUCUUUUUGAAUGAAAAUCUGAAUAUAACUAAAGACUCUGUAUUUUAUGAAAUUUUGUUAUAGAGUUUUGAAAAAUAUUGGUUCUCCAAAUAUGAAGCUUUUUACAGGUUGGUUUGCUAUGUUUGUGACCAUAGGCUUCCGUGGUUGUUAUAAAUAAUAUACAUCAUUGGUGUUUCUUGUAGUUGGGGUGUAUAUCAAUAGUAAAAGACUGGGAACUGGCUUUGGAGACAGGUAAGUGCGUUUUGUUUGCAUGUGAUAGUUUUCUAAUGGUUGUCGUAGCAUAUAUAGUGGUUCGGCAUGCGCCAUUUAGCAUUGACUGGUCACCUAUUCUUUUUAGUAUUCGUGAAGCUGAAAUGAAUGCAGCUCAAAAUGCUCUGGCUACGAGUAAGUUUUGUUGUUUGCUAAAUUGACUGUAUCUUGUGUAGGUGAAUGAAUAAAUUUAAAGGACAAUGGCAAGAAAAAUUUUUAUUGUUUUACGUGAAAGAACGUUUAAAAUCAUCUCUAAAAUCUUGUUAUAGAUGUUUCAUAUCUUGCUUCAUUCUUGAAAUAUUUUGACUAAAAGCAAUGAACUUUCCGCCAUCUUGGAUUAUUGAGGAUAUGCAUGAAACGUCAUAAGUGGGGUCACGAAAGUUUUUUAUCUCGACAGCUAGUGAUCAAUAUGAACCCGAAACUUGUUUUUGGUUGCUAGUUCAAAUUUUGAAUGGAAUAAAAACAAUUUAAACAACUUUUGAUUGUUACUCUGUAACUUAGAAGUAAUUUUAUAAAGCUAACCCCACUCCUGACGUCAUCAAAACGACAGUUAAUGAGGUUGAGAAUUAAUCCAAGAUGGCGGACAUCUCAUUGCUUUCAGUCAAAAUAUUUCAAGAGUUAAGCUUGAUAUGAAAAAUCUGUAAGAAGAUUUUAAAGAUAAUUUUAAUAAACGUUCUUUCUAUUGAGGAAAUAUUUUUUUGUUGCCAUCAGUCCUUUAACGUUUAUCAGCAGGAUUUUGUGUUAGAUGUCCAAGCUCCUUUACGGUCAUGAUUUUUUUAUUAGUUACAAUGAUAUUACAACUUGGGUACGUAGUGAUUUUAGCCAGUGGCUUACACCUUAUGAAAUACUGGCGGGAGGGGGGGGGGGGGGAGGAUUUGGUUGCUACCAUAUCACCACUUUUUGUUGCUGGAAAUCUCAGUUCUUUAAAACUUUUUUGCCUUAAAUUUCAUGCAGCAUGUAGCUGCAGUUUUAGCCUUCAAGCCCCCCCCCCUCUCUUCCCCUCAGUGUCACUGUAAUCGGUUACCAUUCAUGGACUUUAAGAAAAAAUUUCAAGCGAGACGGUCGCCCCUCUAAGCCCACCAACCCCGCCCCUCUACGCCCAUCCAUCCCACCACCCACCUCUCGAGACUUACCAAUGCGCAUUUCCCUACACUCCUUCGAUACCCCACACUUCACUUUAUACAAGUUGUUUCACCUCUGUGUAUGUUUUUAGAUUACUUCCCCGAGUACGCUCGUCAGAAACGCGUCGUACAUAAAAAACACAAAGUCAUGAAGUGAGUCAGACCACAAGCGAAAUAACUUAUGCUCUGUGAGGUACGUUUUACCAUUGUAAUAAAUCAAAGAUUUAAACAGAGUUACAGAGGUUUAUUCCAAAUCCGCACGUUUAAAUUGUUCGGAUAUAUUUAUUGUUAUGAGUUGAAACAAUUUGCUAUGUUCUGCCGUCGUUUGCAUUUAAAAUGAACAGCUGCUGAUAAAAACGUUAUAAAUGUUUGUAAUAAGUAUUUGAAGAUUUCAAACCUAUAUCGAAAUUAUGGGCUUAUAUUAUUCAGGGAUGGAUCCAGCAUGAUCUGAUAGGGGUGUUUUGCCAGCUCUGGUGCCGAGUUGUGUCAGUCAUGUGUGCACCCGCCCAUCAACUUGCUUCACUACUGCAAAGUCUUGCUUGACUACUGUAUUUGAAUUGUUAUUGUUGUUCACAGUUCGCUUAUCAUCAUGUUAUUACUCAAAUUACUGUAUCUCAUUUUGUCUCUAAUAAUUUUUUUGCUUUAUCAUGAAAUAUAGCACCCCCUGCACCCCUCUGGCCAGGGCUAAGGGGGGUGCACACACACCCCCCGCACCUCUCCAGUAAAUCCAUCCCUGAUAUUAUUUCUCCAUAUCAUGAUCUACUCGACAAGGUAGGGUGGAGUCAAAUUACACAUGUAAAAUUCUCACAGCUUGUCAACAACAUGUGUUCGCACUGCGCGUCCCCAGUUGUUGACAAGUCUGGAACAAAUUGUUAUCAUCCUGUAACAAGAUGAUGAGGUCAGCAGACUUGCAACAAGUUGUUCCAGCAAAUCUGAUAUCGUCUGCACGUAACAAGUUGAUGACAACAAGCUCGUAGCAACUGUAUUAGUCUUGUUGGAGCAACUUGUAGCAAGUCUGUUGCCGUCAUCAACCUUGUAACAAGGUGAUAACAACUUGUUCCAGACUUGUCACAACAACUGGGAACAAGCAGUGCGAACACAUCCUGAUAUCGGCUUGGCAACAACCUUGUUGCAACUUUGUUUGCAGAUCUGCAACAACUCGCGCGUUUUUACGUGUGUAAUCCCAUGACAUCGUCACAAAUGAUGGGACAUUUGUGAUGUUUUCGUAGGACUGCAAUUUGAAGAAAAAGACAAUGUUUUCAAACAGAUGUUUUUUAUUAAAUUUUAAUAGGAAAUAUCUACAAAUCUUUAAACAAAACUACAAAUAUAGAUAACUCUAAGUAUGUAAAUGAUAGAAAAUGUUUUAUAAAUAAUGAUACGGUAGAAAAUGUUUUGUGCAACUUGUGAAGCUAUUUACAAGUCGUUCUUGGAGCAAGCAUUGCGAACAGAAUCCGAUAUCAGCUGGUUGUCUGUACGGUAACUUACAAACCAGCCCGCUACUUGGAACAAAGUGGGAUCUCGAAUACGAGCCCAAUUUCGUGUCCAAAUGUAAACAUUAAAUAGAUGCCGACUCGUUUGUUUCUGCUGCCAUCUCAUCCGGCGUUCUUAUUAAUUUCUUCAUAGUAAGAUAUAAGUCCUCGUCUCCGCCGGAGAGUGCAACCACACUUCCGGUCAAACCACUUCCGGUCAGACUACUUUCGGUACUUCCGGUCAGAUCACUUCCGGUCAGACCUCUUCCGGUCAGACCACUUCCGGCAAGUGCUUCAUCCAUUGACAUAUAUGGGUUACUUUCUCGGACAUGCGUCUUGAGGUUUUCGCGGUCAUGUGGCUUGAGAUUUUCGUACUCGCCGCCUCCAUUGGGCUGUAUGAGGUGAGCGAGAGGUGGCCGCUUUGAUGGAAGCUUGGGUUUGACCUGAAAGUAAUCAAGGGAGUUAGUUUUGAACUUGUUAUUGGCUUUCGGGAAAUAACUGACCUAUGUUGUUUUUGGUUUUUUCCGGGGUUUUUUUUAUUGUUUGAAAA